AUGGCUUCUGAUAUCUCAUUUGAGGAUCUCAAGAAUGAGAAUGUUGAUCUCGAAAACAUUCCAAUUGAGGAGGUCUUUAAGCAGCUAAAAUGUACAAGAGAAGGUCUCACAUCCGAGGAAGGAGAGAAGAGGCUCCAGGUUUUUGGCCCCAACAAGCUAGAGGAGAAAAAGGAGAGCAAGUUCCUGAAGUUCUUGGGCUUUAUGUGGAAUCCACUUUCAUGGGUUAUGGAGGCAGCUGCUAUCAUGGCCAUUGUGUUGGCCAAUGGAGGGGGAAAGCCACCGGAUUGGCAAGAUUUCACUGGUAUUAUGGUGUUGCUUGUCAUCAACUCAACCAUCAGUUUCAUUGAGGAAAAUAAUGCAGGCAAUGCUGCAGCCGCUUUGAUGGCCGGUCUUGCACCCAAAACCAAGGUGUUGAGGGGUGGAAAAUGGACUGAGGAAGAGGCAGCAAUUUUGGUACCAGGAGAUGUGAUUAGCAUCAAGUUGGGAGAUAUUGUCCCAGCUGAUGCCCGUCUCUUGGAGGGAGAUCCCCUCAAGAUUGACCAAUCUGCCCUCACUGGCGAGUCCUUGCCAGUCACAAGGAACCCUGGUGAUGAGGUCUUCUCUGGCUCCACCUGCAAACAAGGUGAGAUUGAGGCUAUUGUUAUUGCCACUGGCGUUCACACCUUCUUUGGUAAGGCUGCACACCUUGUUGACAGCACCAACAAUGUCGGUCACUUCCAAAAGGUGUUGACUUCCAUUGGUAACUUCUGUAUCUGCUCAAUUGCUUUGGGCAUGUUGGUUGAGAUCAUUGUCAUGUACCCUAUUCAGGGCAGGGCUUACAGAGAUGGUAUUGACAAUUUGUUGGUGCUUCUCAUUGGAGGUAUCCCAAUUGCCAUGCCAACUGUCUUGUCUGUGACCAUGGCUAUUGGAUCCCACCGCUUGUCUGAGCAAGGAGCCAUCACCAAGAGGAUGACUGCCAUUGAAGAAAUGGCAGGAAUGGAUGUUCUCUGCAGUGACAAGACUGGAACUCUCACCCUUAAUAAGCUCACCGUGGACAAGAGCUUGAUUGAGGUGUUCGUCACUGGUAUGGACAAGGACACCCUUGUCUUAUAUUCUGCCAGGGCUUCUAGGACUGAAAACCAGGAUGCCAUUGAUGCAUCAAUUGUCGGAAUGUUGAGCGACCCCAAGGAGGCAAGAGCAGGAAUCACUGAGGUGCAUUUCUUGCCCUUCAAUCCAGUGGAUAAGCGCACUGCUAUUACCUACAUUGACAGCAAUGGCAACUGGCACAGAAGCAGCAAAGGUGCCCCUGAGCAAAUUAUUGAUCUCUGUGCCCUCAAAGGAGAGGCAUUGAAAAAGGCCCACAAAAUUAUUGAUGAGUUUGCUGACCGUGGUCUGCGUUCCUUAGGUGUUGCUCGCCAGACUGUUUCAGAAAAGAACAAGGAGAGUGCAGGAGAUCAAUGGGAAUUCUUAGGUCUCUUGCCCCUCUUUGACCCUCCAAGGCAUGACAGUGCUGAGACUAUUCGCCGUGCUCUUGAUCUUGGUGUCAAUGUUAAGAUGAUCACUGGUGACCAACUUGCCAUUGGAAAAGAAACCGGUCGCAGGCUUGGAAUGGGAACCAACAUGUACCCUUCAUCCUCCCUCCUUGGUGAUAGCAAGGAUGCUUCCAUUGCAUCAAUCCCAAUUGAUGAACUCAUUGAGAAGGCUGAUGGAUUUGCCGGAGUCUUCCCUGAGCACAAGUAUGAGAUUGUGAAGAGGUUGCAGGAAAGGAAACACAUUUGUGGAAUGACUGGAGAUGGUGUGAACGAUGCACCAGCACUCAAGAAAGCAGACAUUGGUAUUGCAGUGGCUGAUGCAACUGAUGCUGCAAGGAGUGCCUCAGACAUUGUUUUGACCGAGCCUGGACUUAGUGUGAUUGUGAGUGCUGUGUUGACAAGCAGGGCUAUAUUCCAAAGGAUGAAGAACUACACCAUCUAUGCUGUUUCCAUCACAAUCCGUAUUGUGCUUGGAUUCUUGCUCGUUGCUCUAAUCUGGAAGUUUGACUUCUCACCUUUCAUGGUUCUCAUCAUUGCCAUCUUGAACGAUGGAACCAUCAUGACCAUCUCCAAGGAUAGGGUCAAGCCAUCUCCUCUCCCUGACUCAUGGAAGCUUAAGGAAAUCUUUGCCACUGGAAUUGUUCUUGGAACAUACAUGGCCAUCAUGACCGCAGUUUUCUUCUAUGCUGUUCAUGACACUGAUUUCUUCUCUAAAAUAUUUGGUGUCCACUCAAUUGCUGACAGCGAGGAGCAGCUUAACUCAGCUCUCUACCUUCAAGUGAGUAUUAUUAGUCAAGCACUCAUCUUUGUGACCAGGUCAAGGAGCUGGUCAUAUACUGAACGCCCUGGUCUCAUGCUUAUUGGAGCCUUCAUUGCUGCACAAUUGGUGGCUACUUGCAUUGCUGUGUAUGCACACUGGGACUUUGCUAAAAUCAAUGGAAUUGGAUGGACAUGGGCUGGAGCAAUCUGGGUCUACAGCGUUAUUACCUAUAUCCCUCUUGACAUCCUCAAGUUUUUGAUCCGCAUGGGACUCACGGGGAGUGCCUGGGACAACAUGCUCCAAAACAAGACUGCAUUCACAACAAAGAAGGACUACGGAAGGGGAGAGAGGGAGGCUCAAUGGGCAGUGGCUCAACGCACAAUUCACGGUCUUCAAGUUCCUGAAGCACAGAAGAACAACAACCACCAUGAGCAUUCUGAAAUUGCUGAGCAGGCUAAGAGGCGUGCUGAGGCAGCUAGGCUGAGGGAGCUACACACGCUUAAGGGACAUGUUGAAUCGGUUGUGAAGUUGAAGGGUCUUGACAUUGAAACCAUUCAACAACACUACACAGUAUAA